GGCGUCAUUUGGGUAUUUUAUGGUUUUUUACGAGUUUAUUUUCGCUAAUUUGAUGCUACAGUCGUGUUCUAGUCUAAAUUUAGGCUUCUAAUUAAAUUUCUCGUUGAUUAAUCAUCGUUUGCUCGACUUAUCUCAUCAUUCGUGUUCAUAGUUAGUGAUCGUCGAGUAAUUUCAAUCAAUCAGUCGUUGAUUUCGAAUCGAAUAACAUCAUGAAUCCAGGCUAUCCUCCUUAUCCGGGCCAACCACAGAUGCCGGGACAACAAACAGGUGCACCGUACGGUGUUUACCCACCUCAAAAUCCAUCCAGUCAGCCCGGUUUCAACUCCGGCUAUCAACCAAGCUAUCCACCGACCAGUGGGUAUCCUCCGGCACCUCAGCCUGGUUACCCUCCUCAGUCUAAUCAACCCGGAUUCGCUCCUCCACCCAGUCAACCCGGCUAUCCUCCUCAAUCCGCUUAUCCUUCGGCUCAACCCGGUUAUCCUCAGCCCUCGUAUCCUUCAGCUCAACCAUCCACCGGUUUCUCAUACCCUCAGUCUACCUCUUCAGGCUAUCCUCCUCAGUCUGCCCCCUCAGCUUAUCCUUCUCAGUCUGCCCCUUCAGCUUAUCCUCCUCAGUCAGCUCCUUCAGCUUAUCCUCAGUCAGCCCCUUCGGCUUAUCCUUCCCAGUCAGCUUAUCCUCAGUCGCAAACUGCCUACCCUCAGACCACCCCUGGAUACCCAUCAGCUCCUCAAUCUUAUCCCAGUUCUGCUACCAAUCCUCAUUACCCUACCCAACAAAUGAGCUGUCAACAAGGUCCGAUUACUUCGUCUCAUUUUAACAAUCUAUCCGCGUCGAAUACGUGUUCACCGCAUGCUCAACCUAAUUAUGGGAAAAAUAAUGCUUAUGCCCAAAUUGAAAGAGCUACCCCUACUCUUGUACCGAUCGCGUCUUUUAAUCCGAGAUCUGAUGCCGAAAUAUUGAGAAAAGCUAUGAAAGGAUUCGGUACCGAUGAAAAAGCCAUCAUCAGCGUUAUCACUAAGAGGAGUAAUUCUCAACGUAUUGAAAUCGCUAAUCAAUUCAAAGCGUUGUAUGGAAAGGAUUUAAUUUCCGAUUUAAAAAGCGAACUUUCGGGUAAAUUCGAAGAUCUGACUCUCGCCCUGAUGACACCUCUGCCCGAAUACUUGGCCAAGGAAGUACAACACGCCAUCGAAGGUAUCGGUACGAACGAAGAAACGCUUGUGGAAAUUCUAUGUACCGCUUCGAACGCUCAAAUUUACGCUAUCAAAGAUGCCUAUCAAAGAGUGUUCUUUAGAUCGAUGGAGAACGAUUUGAGCGGCGAUACAUCCGGUCAUUUUAAACGAUUACUCAUCUCUGUAGUACAAGCCAGAAGAGCGGAAAACGUACAAGUCGACGAAGCAGCUGUCGCGAAAGAUGCUCGCGAUUUAAUGACUGCCGGUGUUUUGCAGUUUGGUACGGACGAGUCUACCUUUAAUGCCAUUUUGUGCACUAGGAGCUACCCUCAUUUACGUCGUGUGUUUACCGAAUACCAACGAAUUUCUGGACAUACUUUGGAGAACGCUAUUAAAGAUGAAUUCAGCGGUGAUAUUAAAGAAGCUUUGUUGGCCAUAGUACGUUCGGUGGAAAACAAAGCCGACUUCUUCGCCAAACGGUUACGCGAUGCUGUCGCCUGCGUCGGUACAAAGGAUCGUCAAUUGAUCAGAAUCGUCGUAUCGAGAUGCGAAAUCGAUAUGCAGGAUAUCAAACGAGCUUACCAAGCACGUUAUAAUAAAUCCCUGGAACAGGAUAUCAGCGAUGAUACGUCCGGAGAUUAUAAAAAAGCUUUGUUAUCUUUGAUCGGAGGUUAUUGAUCGAAUCCAGUAUCAGUAUCUCGAAUACACCCACUGCUGAUUUUUUUCAUUUCUUAAUUUAGCUUCUCUAUUAUCACUUAUUUUUUAACUGAUACAUAUUUACGUAUUACAUAUUAUUUUUUUCUGCUUUUUUACACGUAGCUGAUUUAAUCCGCGCAUGUGUAAAGUAAAAUUUUAUAAGUAGUUAGAAUUUAUAUCUGUAGCGACGUUAAGUUUCAUUUUUUUUUCAUUUCAUUUUUCGAGUACUUAAUACCUAUCUUACGUAAGAAAAAAAAGUAGUUGUAACAGAAAUUUUUUUACUGUACGAAGUAUCAAGAUAAUGUGUAGUUUUGCGACACAGCCAAGUUGAAGUACUGAAUUUGCAUGCGAGCUGGCGCAAUUUGAUAGUGCAUGGAUAAUUAGUCUCCAGUUACCUAAAAAUGAAGAAAAAAAAUUCUUAUUCAUGACUGUGAUUUUACGAGCACGUCUGGUAUUAUACCUACAUUGUUUUUACCAUGGUUAUCUCUCUUCGUUAUUGCUUUUCUGUUCUUUUUUUUUCUUUUUUUUUUUCUAAAUGAACAAACGUUAUUUUACGAUUACGAGCUUAUAGAAUUUUACCUCGUUAUUGUAUUUUUUUUUUGACUUUUUAAAUAUUUACGUACGAUUUUUUCCAUUAUUUUUAUUUCAAUUACUGAUCAAUAUUUUUUAAAAAAGGUGUUUUUAAUCAAAGUAAAGCAUUUUAACGUUUUUUUUGUACUUGUUUCGUUUUUCUAUUAUUCUCUUGAUCUUGUAAUAAUCUUGUACUUCGCUUAGCGGUGCAAUUAAAACGAUUGUUUUACGUUA